GAGGUUACUACCCGUGAGUAUACAUCAUACUGACAUGCAUUUACCAAAGAAAUAGGCCUUAUGCCAGAGAAAGUUAGCAGGUUUUAUACUGUCGAUAAUGGCAGCAGUUGUGACAGGGGCUGGAGUACUGAUUGGCGCAUACCAUUUCUUUAAAACAAGCAAUCAACGAGUCUACAAUAUACACCAGCUAAACAAGGGCGACCAUGUCAAAUACAAACGAGGGCUAUAUUCGCAUCAUGCCGUAGUUGUAGAUGUGUAUCCAGAAAAUCAGACGUAUAAAGUAGUACACUUCACUGGUGAGAAAACGUCAGGCUUUCCGGCAGAAAUUAAGGAGGAAAUUCUGCCUUUCGAAUUUGACCAAAUCAUAUUGAUCCGUUAUAGGUAUGGACGAUUAGACAGAAGUGAGACGGUAAAUCGUGCAUACAAGCUGUUGAAACUACAGAAGGAAAUGCGUGUUAUUUAUAAUAUUCUCACUAGUAAUUGUGAACAUUUUGUUACUUGGUGUAUAACUGGAAAAGCAAAAAGCCAUCAAGUCACUAAAGCAUUGGCACCGAUUGCUCCCUUCAUAAACUUAAAAGGUUCACUAGACAGACCUUAUUAGGAAUAGUCAUUUAGCUUUGACCUUUAUGUAGCUUUUUGUCUACGUUAUUGCAUUAGUAAGUCAAUUAGACAGUACACAUUUAAAAUAUGGUAGCUGGUUUCCAUCAUCAGUCAUUCCAUGACGGCCGAUAUCAAAAGUACAAUUGAAAUAAAUUGAAAUUUAAGUAUU